UCCGCGAUGCCCGCCGCAGGGUUCAGAGCGCGCUUUACCGUCUGACCCGCGCGUGCUGUGUUCUGCAGGGAGGGAGUACGUGCUAUGAAGUCCAAGGGAAGCCCCCUCUCCUCCGUCCAGCCAGGGACCGUCCCAGCGAGCCCCUGCGCCCGCCCCCAGGGGUCGCCUUCGCUCUCCUCCCCGAGACACAGCCCGGUUCUCCAGGGCGCAUGAUGCCGGCGGGGACAUCGCCCGCGAGGAAAAGGCCCCGUCGAAGCCUGUCGAGCAGCAGAGCGAGGAAAAAUGCAUCCAAAUCCAUCGUGUUGUGUUUCAACAGCGCGCCACCCGCCAGGCUUGCCUGCCCCGUGUGUAGUCAGAUGGUGCCCCGCUACGACCUGAACCGGCACCUCGAUGACAUGUGUGCUAGCGGCGAUGACGUCACUCCAGUGGCCCCCGGGCUGGGUUCCGACGUGGCCCCGGGAGAAGGGGUCACACCGGAGAAGUCGCCACCAUCUGACCAAAGCCACUCGGCCACAAGGGGCGGGAAAAAGCAGACCAGCCCCUACUUUCAAGGUACCGGUGGCGGCGCGUGCCACAAUCCAGACGCCGAGCUGCCAUCUCGCCCCGUCCAAGUCGUUCCUUUGGGAAGCCUGUCCUCUAAACUAUCCAGGAGGUACCUGCAGGCGAGAAGAGCCACGGAGAAGAACGAGACCUCGGCCGCCGCAGCGGUCAGGGUGGUGGCGAGCUGUGCGGAGGCAGAGGACGACGAUCGGGGCGUGGAGAGCAGUUCCCAAAAGGAGAACCUGUUUUCCUGUGAUCCUCUUCCGGAGCAAGAUACUGUGGAAGGCCCCUCGUUAAGGGCAGCUGCAAAGCCAGGGCCUCCCCAGGACGGUGGGAGGUCCACCCUCGCUCCUGCCUCCCCAGACAAUGCUCCAGUGUUACCGCCCAGAGGAACUCCUGGGAAUAAACUACCCUCCGCUCCCGAGGCCAGCCGGGCAGAGCAGGAGAGCGUCGAACAGGCGGAUGGCGAGGGUGUCGGGACACGUGAGGCAGGCGUUGGUGAAGAAACCGAAGUCCCUGAGGCUUCGGAAUCGGAAACACAGCUUUCUUGGGAGGCGCCAUCUCAGAGCUCUCCCCGUGACGCUUCAGAGUGGAGGAACUCCCACAGACUCCCUCUGGAAGGUGACAGCGGCUUAAAGGAUGAAACUGCCCGCGGGGUUCCUUCGGGGCCGGGGCCAGGGCCAGGGCCGAGCUGCCGUGUUCCCGGUGAACCCGUCCCAGCGCCGCCCAGCCACCCUUACUACCUCCGCAGCUUCCUGGUGGUGCUGGCAGCCGUCUUUGAGAAUGAGGACGACAGGAUGCUCUUCGACGAGCAGGAGAAGGGAAUCAUCACUAAAUUCCAUCAGUUAUCGGAUGGCGGUCAGAAGUUGUAUGUCAGACUUUUCCAGCGCAAGUUCGGCUGGAUUAAGAGGCCUAAGUUGGACUAUGAAGAGAUCGCCCCCGACUUGGUGCCCGUAGUUGGAGAACUGGAGCGAGCCGGCUUCCUGCAGACGGAAUCUGAGUUGCAAGAGCUCCCUGAAGUGCUUGAACUGCUUUCCGCUCCUGAACUGAGGGCCCUGGCAAAGACCUUCCGCGUGGGCAGCCCCGGGGGGCAGAAGCAGCAGCUGGCGGAGGCCCUGCUCAAACUGGCCCGACAGCCGUCCGUCUGCAGCUGGGGCACGAGCGCGCCCGGGGUCGGGGCGGUGAUCUUGAAGAGGGCCAAGGACCUGGCGGGCCCGGCGCUGAGGGUGCGCAGGGGCCCGCGGGCGGUGUUCUCCCGGGCGCUGCUGCUCUUCUCGCUGACCGACGCCCCGGAAGAGGAGGACGCCGCCUGCGGGGGGCAGGGCCAGCUCUCCACGGUGCUGCUGGCCGACCUGGGCCGUGUGGCCUUCCCCCGCUACACGGUCAGCCGGCGCGCCCGGGUCUUCCAGGACAGAGACGACCUCCUCAGGUCAGAGCUGGUGCCUCACCCCCCCGCCAGCCGCCUCGCCCCGCUUUCCAGCCGCAGGGCGGUAGGGGGCAUGCAGGAGGCAGCUCAUGCCCGUCCCCCGGCCAGCGGCCCGGUGACCGGGCUGCGUGCACACGUCCCCCACAGGCACCACGCGGACCUGCCGCCCUUCCUGCGCUGCUUCACCGUCGGGUGGGUGUACACCAGGAUCCUGUCCCGGGCCGUGGAGGUCCUGCAGCGGCUGCACCUGUACGAGGAAGCCGUCCAGGAACUGGAGGCCCUUUUGUCCCAGAAAGUCUAUUGUCCCGACAGCAGAGGCCGGUGGUGGGACCGGCUGGCUCUCAACCUCCACCAGCACUUGAAACGCCUCGAACCGGCUAUCAAGUGCAUCGCAGAAGGGCUGGCGGACCCCGAGGUGAGGACGGGGCAUCGCCUGUCGCUGUACCAGAGAGCCGUGCGCCUGAGGGCGUCGCCCAGCUGCCGGAGGUACCGGCACCUCCUCCAGCAGCUGCCAGAAGUCGCCGUGCAGGACGUGAAGCAUGUGACCAUCACGGGCCGGCUGUGCCCGCAGCUCGGGAUGGGCAAGUCCGUGUUUGUGCUGGAGGCCGGGGGGCCCGCCGCCCUUGCCACCGUCCUGUGCUCCGUGGAGGAGCUGGCGCUGGACCAUUACAGACGCGGCGGCUUCGACCAGGGGAUACACGGGGAGGGCUCCACCUUCAUCACACUCUUCGGCAUCCUCCUGUGGGACAUCAUCUUCAUGGACGGGAUCGCAGACGUCUUCAGAAACGCCUACCAGGCGUUCCCGCUGGACUUGUGCACAGACAGGAUCCACGGGGAGGGCUCCACCUUCAUCACACUCUUCGGCCUCCUCCUGUGGGACAUCAUCUUCAUGGACGGGAUCGCAGACGUCUUCAGAAACGCUUACCAGCCCGCCGAGCCCCUGCCAGCCUGGGUGGCGGCCACGUGGGAGGCCCAGGAAGGCAGGGCGGCGUCCGUCGUCAGCUGGGACCGCUUCGCGUCUCUGCAGCAAGCUCAGCUGGUGGAGGUCAAGGGCCCCAACGACCGCCUUUCGCACAAGCAGAUGGUCUGGCUGGACGAGCUGCAGAGGCUGGGGGCCGACGUCGAGGUCUGCCACGUCACGGCGGUCGGAGCCAAGAGCAGAGGCCUCCACUGA